AUGUCCAAUACAAUCACUUUGACGGAGCCAACGCAGUCCAGUACUCGCGUCACUACCUCCAAUCUUGGUGGCCCUAAUGCCCUGCGUCUGGAUGGCCAGGACCCCAAGUAUGGAGACUUCAGAGACGACUUGGCACGUGAUGGAUAUGCCGUGGUCAAAGGAGCUGUCCCACUGGAAAGGACUAAACAGUAUGCCAAUGACAUGUAUUCGUGGCUAGAAGGGUUUAACCUUGGAUACAAACGCGACGACCCGGCAACGGUCUCCAAAGACUCCCUUCCCGUGAUCAAUGAGAAGGGUAUGUGCAUGCAUUACUGCGUUGGCCACGAAGAUUUUGCCUGGGCGAUUCGAAGUGAGCCAAAGGUCAUAGAGGCCUUCGAGAAGGUAUACGAUGAUCAAGAGCUCAUUGUUUCAUUUGAUGCCGUCAACUUCACACUACCCAACCGCACCGAUAUGCCCCCAAACAAGGCUUGGCCUCAUCAGGACCAGGACCCGGAGAAGUCAGGCUUCCGCUGCCUGCAAGGCUUAGUCAACAUUCUUCCCAACGGACCGAACGAUGGUGGCUUGAUCGUCUGCCGUGGAGCUCAUUUGUUGUCCGAUGAGUUCCACCGCGACAUGGCAGACGAGCCACGCAUUCCAGCAUGGACCCCCGAGUGGUUUGGAUAUACAGAGCGCGGUAUGAAGUGGCUUGCUGACCGCGGAUUUGAGUGGGUCAAGGUCGAUGCUGGGCCAGGUGACUUGCUUCUCUGGGAUUCUCGCACUCCUCACUAUAACCUCAGUCCCACGGGUGAUCAGGCUCGGUUCUGCAUUUACACUUGCUAUAUGCCCGUGUCCUUUGCUACGCAAGAGGAUCUUCAGAGAAAGAAGGAUGCUUUCGAGACUUGGAGGUUGACUAGUCACUGGCCUAAUGCGAAAGAUUUUGCACCUUUGGUGGCUAAGCGGGACGAGGAGGAUUGCCCCCAUAACCGUUCGAAGCCGAUUAACGAGCCCAUCCUAAGUGAACGUGCAUUCAAGCUGACGGGGAUUCCAUAUAUUCAGGAGGCAAAGGCCUAA